UUCAAAUCCUGAAUUUAUGCCGUGAAAUUAACUAAUUAUUCUCUUAUAUAUAUAAUCAACAAAUUAACCUCAUUUGGAGCCUGCAGAGUCCUAACCUUGAAAGAGACACGUCUUGCAUCCCAUACAAUUUGUCAUCUGUGGGAGCAUGGCGGUCACCGCAACAAACAUGGCCGUUAUUGUUGGCGUACUCGGCGUGAUCUCUUUCAUCUUGGGAAUUUUGGCCGAAACUAAGAAGCCUGCAGCUGGAACCCCAAUUACUGGUAAAGGUGUGGUGAUCUGCAAGUACCCAUCCAGUCCCACAAUUGCUUUGGGAUAUCUCUCAUUUCUGUUUCUUGUAGCUACUACCAUUGUUGGCUACUUUUCACUCUUUUACCCUUACAAAGGCAAAUCCAUUCCAAAUUCCUUGCUGUUCAAAAGCACUACCUUCACCGUCUUCUUUAACAUUGCUGUGUUUACAACUGGUUUAGGAGCAACUUUUCUGUUGUGGCCUACCAUUUCAGAGCAGCAUCUCCUGUCACACAAUGUACAUAACGAUCUGGACACAACUUGCCCCACGGCAAAAACAGGGGUCUUGGGUGGUGGGGCUUUUGCUUCCCUAGAUGCAGCUCUCUUCUGGAUGGUUGCCCUUAUGCUUGCUAUCAAUGCACGAGAGGACAUCUUAGAAGACAUUGGUCAAGAAUCCGUUAAGGAUGAUCAUGGGGAUGUUGUCACAAACUAUAUAUGAUGAUGAUGAUGAUAAAUGACGACAAUGGUGGA